UUAUCAGUAGGGGAAGCAGGCGGGAUAAGCUGCCCAUUUUCUCCCACUGACAGGACUUGAAGUGAUAAAGCUUCUGGAUGGUUUCCCCAUCCCCAGCCUCCUCCCUCCUCACACAGCAGCCACCGUGCCAUCAGCAGCAGCGGCAGUACCGGGAGGAAGAGCCGCCGAGCCCCGGAGCCGCGCUACUUACUCACAGCAGCUGCCGUGACCGCACCGACUCCGGGAUCCCAGACAGGGGGGAGAGCUAGGGGGGACUGUGUGCGAGCAGAAAGGGAAUCGGCACCGCACCUGCCCCAUUCUCCCGCUGCAAGGUGGCAGCCGUCUGAGCAGAGCUCCGCUGGGAAUUUCCAAGCUCUCCUUCCCACACUGUCGCUGUACUUAUUGCCCCUUACUUGCCCCCCCCCCCCCUGGCCGCAAGUCAGCCUGGCUCCUAGUCACGUGUCAGUGCCCGAAGCGGAGACGGACAGAGAGAAGCCGCUCAUUCCUUCUCCCACCGCCAUACUGUCUUUUACUCCUAAAAUUCUCAUUUUUAUUCCAACAUUUUACUCCCGCUCGGCCUGUAUUUCAAUAAAGAACAAUUUCAACAGUCAUUGGAAAUACAUUUGGAUGAGCGAUUGAGGGGGCGAGUUAACUUGCAUUAGGAAAGGUGACUGUCGAGACCCAAGAAUGACUGGCAAAACACAGACCAGCAAUGUCACAAACAAGAAUGAUCCAAAAUCUAUCAAUUCAAGAGUUUUCAUUGGCAAUCUAAACACCGGCAUUGUCAAAAAAGCUGACAUUGAGGCCAUAUUUGCAAAGUAUGGGAAGAUUGUGGGUUGCUCAGUACAUAAAGGAUAUGCGUUUGUACAGUACAUCAGUGAGAGACAUGCACGCGCUGCAGUCACAGGAGAAAACUCACGGAUUAUUGGGGGCCAGCCAUUAGAUAUUAAUAUGGCUGGGGAGCCAAAGCCGUACAGGCCAAAGCUAGGAACAAAGAGGCCACUAUCAACUUUAUACAGUGCUUAUGACUUUGAUUAUGAUUACUACAGAGAUGAUUUCUACAACCGGUUGUUUGAUUAUGGACAUGGGCGAGUUCCACCCCCACCCCGUGCAGCGAUUCCACUGAAACGUCCCCGUAUGUCCGUGCCCACAACUCGCAGGGGCAAAGGAGUAUUUUCUUUAAAGGGAGGGUCCAGGUCUGCAUCAGGAGGCUCCUCUUCUUCUGGGUCAAAAUUGAAAUCAGAUGAGCUGCAGACUAUCAAAAAGGAGUUGACCCAAAUCAAAACCAAAAUUGACUCUUUGCUGGGAAGACUGGAAAAAAUUGAAAAACAGCAGAAGGCUGAAGCAGGAGAUGCUUUACUGCGGUUGUGGAUCAUGGGCCACUCAUACAAAAAGCGAGCACUGGUGAAAGAGAGAGGUCAGCAGAUGGACUUCUCCAGGGAUUCGCUGGAAAUCAGGUGGCUGGGUAUCAAAGGAGCUCAAAAAAAGCAAACAGAAGAUCACACGGAUUCAGUUCAGGAGGAAUGUAAAUCAGAAACGGCUGACAACUCCACUGAAGAGCACAUUGAGGGGGGACACGAUGCAGACGGCGAAGAAAUGACUGAUGGUAUCGAGGAAGACUUUGAUGAAGAUGGCAGCAAUGAGCUGAUGGAGAAUCAUAUCUCAGAUAUAGAAGACACAAGUAAUUAAAUUAUUCUUCUCCGGAAUAACAAGGAGACAGAGGAGCUGGAUACUGGAAAACGCACAUGUAAACAAUUUGUAAAGGGACUUUGGGGAAGAUCCAUGGGAAUUCAUAUUUCCUUUAAGUUAUUUAUGACUUUAAACUGUAUUACGGUCAGUUCCAUGAUAGAAUCAAGGCGUUUUCUCCACAUUUUUAUCAUAUUGCCGCCCAUAAUGUUAUUUGCCAUAUCAUGGGGGGGAGAUGUACACAGAUGUAUAUUUGUAAGAGCUAUUUUUUGAAUAGCGCAUAGUUGGUAAAUAUCGCAUUCAUGUUAGAGCUGUCGUUAGGGGCCCCGCAGGGGAAGCAGAGUAGGACCCAUAGCAGCAGCGGGGACUGGACAGUAAAGGGGUCAUUUAUCAACAUCCAAAUUUUUCUCACAAUUUAAAUGUUUUGCGUUAAACCCCAAAUAUUCGAAUUAUGGUUCAAGAUUUGUUAAUAUGUUCAAUAUUUAUUUCAAUAUAAGUGCAAAAUAUCCGCAUGUACAAACUUGAGUUCAUGUAACAGUCAGUGGGAGUUCUAAGCAAAAUGAAACCACUUUUUCAGUUGCAGAUUUUUCAGUUUUUCGAGUUUGUAAACAAAUUCGAGGUAUUUGAGUUUUUCAUAUUCAGAUUUAUAAAUAAAUAAGUAGAAAAAAACCUCUCAAGUUCACAAACUCCAUAAAUCGCUAAAUAAGCCCACAGCGACAGCUGAUUGGCCGCACGUUGGGCAGUUGCCUGCGCGGCACUAAAGGCAGCCCCGACUUGUGUGUAAACAAUCAAUUUUGAAACUCUAAUUAUUGAAUGGUGUUUGUGUGAGUCAGUUAUCUCUACGCGGUGCGUUUGCGCUCUGUGCUUCUGGGCAGAAACCCAUUCAUUCAAGAUGUAAAUAUUUCCGAUGUAACUGUAACACUGAGUCUCUACAGUGAGAUCAGCCAACGCUCCGUUCUGUUCUUCCCCCGCUGUAACUGCUUUUGGUUUAUGCAGAUUUAUGUAUCUCGGAUGUAUGAAACAUUGCUUAAAUAAAUGAAUUUCUUGUAACUGA